AUGUCUCCAGCUUUGGACACUACAGCAGGCUCCAAUGGGUCACAGUCUCCAGUCGACUCCCCAGCCCUGGAGCCCAUUGCGAUUAUUGGAUACUCCUGCCGACUUCCCGGUCAGGUCUCUUCCCCAAGUGAUCUUUGGGAACUAUGCACGAGAGGGCGCAGCGGCUGGUGCCCCAUCCCCAAGGACCGGUGGUCACCAGAAGCCUACCACCACCCGAACCCUUCGAAAGCAGGCACCUCCAACCAAAAAGGUGGCUACUUCGUUGAGGACGUUUCACGAUUUGAUGCUCCUUUCUUCAACGUCAGUGCCCAAGAGGCCAUCGCCAUGGACCCACAACACCGCUUCUUGCUAGAAUGUUCAUAUGAAGCAAUGGAGAGUGCCGGUAUUCCCAGAGAAUUCAUGGCCGGACGCAGUGUUGGUGUUUUCAUGGGAGGAAACUAUGCCGACUACGAGUCCAAUAACACACGCGAUACUGAAACGACUCCUAUGUUCCAAGCCACAGGAUGUGCGGCUGGUCUGAAAUCCAAUCGAAUUUCAUACAUGUUCGAUUUUAGAGGCCCCAGUUUUACUGUUGACACGGCUUGUUCGUCUUCUCUCGUUGCCUUGCACUCUGCUGUGCAGAGUCUGAGGAGCGGAGAAUCUACUGAGGCUCUUGUUGGUGGUUGCCAUUUGCUUUUGAACCCUGAAAAUUCCAUUACCAUGUCCAUGCAGCAACUGCUUAGCGAGGAGGGACGAACAUACGCUUUUGAAGAGAGAGGAAAAUCUGGAUUUGCUCGUGGUGAGGGCGCUGGUGUCAUCAUGCUUAAAACUCUCUCUGCUGCAAUCCGCGAUCGCGAUCCCAUCCGUUCUGUGGUCACUCAUUCCGGUGUCAAUCAAGAUGGAAGAACUAAGGGAAUUACUCUACCAAACGGCCAGGCCCAGGAGGAUCUGAUUGGCCGGGUGUACCAGGAAGCGGGCUUGAACCCAGUAGACUGUGGCUACGUUGAAGCCCACGGCACAGGUACCGCGGCCGGUGACCCCAUCGAAGCAACUGCUAUUCAUGCAGUACUUGGACAGGGUCGAAACGCCAGAAACCCGCUAUACAUGGGAUCAGUCAAGACCAACGUUGGUCAUUUAGAAGGUGCCAGCGGUAUUGUUUCAGUUAUCAAGUCAGCUAUGAUGCUCGAUAGCGGACUUCUACUCCCUAAUGCCGAAUACAAGAAACCCAACCCCAAGAUUCCCUUCGCUGAGUGGAACAUGAAGGUUGUAAACUCGACGCGCCCGUGGCCCCGUGGCAAGAAAUAUAUCAGUAUUUCUAACUACGGUUUCGGCGGUACGAACGCACAUGUUGUCUUGCAAAAGGCUCCUUCGCAGCCGACACCAGAAGAGACCAUUAAGGAAAAAGAUGGCAAGCGCCGCCUGAUCGUCAUUUCAGCAAAUGACCGAGAGGCUCUUCGUCAGAGAAGCCGGGACUACGGUAUCUAUUUCGAACAACGUCCUGAAGUGUUCGAAAACACCCUGUUCAGCAACUUUGCCUACACAGUUGGAAGCAAGCUGUCUAACCUUCCUUUCCGUAUCGCCCUGUCUGCCACAUCCCUUAACGAUGCAGGCAUUCAGCUAGCGCAGAUGAAGAUCAGCCCAGCCCGUGUGGUCGGAGGUGACGGUCCUUCUGUUGCCUUUGUCUUCACUGGACAGGGAGCUCAGUGGGCUCAGAUGGGUAUGCCUCUGAUGGAUGAAUACCCAGUUUUUGCCUCUGCCGUUGAGCGCGCCGACAAGUGCCUGUCCCAGGACUUGGGUGCCGACUUCUCCCUUCUCGAGGAGCUGCAGAAGGAUGUGGAGACCUCCAGGAUUAACACUCCUUAUCUGAGUCAACCGGCCUGCACUGCUCUGCAGGUUGCCCUCGUUGAUCUGCUUCGCUCCUGGGGUAUCCGCCCAAGCUCAGUUGUUGGUCACAGCUCCGGUGAAAUUGGUGCGGCAUAUGCUGCUGGAAUUUUCGACUUGGAGGGUGCCAUGACCCUGGCAUACCGCCGUGGUCAAAUGACCGAGUUGUUGAAGAGCACUUUCCCUGACCUCAAGGGUACCAUGAUGGCUGUUGGCUCCAGCGUGGAAGACAUCAAGCCUAUGCUAAAGACCCUCUCCACUGGAUACGCUACUGUGGCCUGUGUCAACAGUCCUUCCAGUGUCACUAUCUCUGGUGAUGUUCCGGCCGUUGAGGAGCUGGGGGCUAUCCUCGAGGAGAAGAAGAUCUUCAACCGUAGGCUCAUGAUCGACGUGGCUUACCACUCUGAUCAUAUGAAGAACGUCAGUGAGGCAUACUUGAAGGCCAUUGAGUCAGUGCAGCCCUCGGACACAGCCAGCGCUACCUUCUUCUCUUCUGUGACCGGUGAAAUUGGCAAGGCAACGGAUCUUGGCCCAAGCUACUGGGUGCAGAACUUGACAUCGUCGGUGCUGUUCGCCAAUGCCCUCAGCAAGAUGUGUGGCGCUGAGAACAAGCCCAACCUACUCGUUGAAGUCGGACCUCAUUCCGCUCUCAAGGGUCCGAUUCUCGACACCCUGAAGACCCUCGGCACAUCGGUUGCUACCAAGGUCGGCUAUGCCCCAACUAUUGUCCGGAAGGUCGACCCCUCCCAGUCUGUUCAAGAAACUGCCAGUGCCGUAUACGUCCGUGGUGGAACACUGAAUAUCAACGAGAUCAACUUCCCUCGCACUGGCACGGCAUCUCGCACAUUCCUCCGCGAUCUGCCCCGGUACCCCUGGCAGCACGAGACUGAGUUCUGGCACAAGACCCGUAUCACCGAGAAGCACAAGUUCCGUGAUGGAGUACGAAACGACGUCUUGGGCGCCGAGGCGUUCUAUUCCAACGACUUAGAACCUACAUGGAGAAACAUCGUUCGUCUCGACGAUAUCCCUUGGCUCCGUGAUCACAAGAUGCAGGGGAUGAGCGUGUACCCCAUUGCCGGUUAUCUGGCUAUGGCAAUUGAAGCCGCUCGCAGACGCUCAGAGAAGUAUGGCACUGUUGCUGCCAACUCACAGUUCGAGUUCCGCGAAGUGAGUGUUGGUGCCGCCCUCGUCUUGACCGACGACACAGACGCCGAGACUACCAUCACCCUGAAGCCUUACACUGAGGGUACUCGUGGUAACUCUGACGCCUGGGACGAAUUCCGGAUCUGCUCUUGGAACAGCAAGCGUAACUGGACAGAGCACUGCACAGGUCUGGUCCGCACUCGCCCAAACAAGAAGACCCAGAAGCAGAACUCUGUCGUCAAUUCGGUCGAGUUCGAGGAGAAGGUUUUCAGAAAGAGGAUCACUGAGGUCAAGGGCGCUGCUACUUACAAGAUCGAUACCGAUAAUCUGUAUAAAGUGCUCGCGGACGUCGGCGCUGGCUAUGGAACUCCCUUCCAGGGUAUUGAGAACUGCUUCUCUGACCCCCACCACUCGCGUGCCGACCUGUACGUUCGUGACACCAAGUCAAUGAUGCCCAAGGAGUUCGAGGCUCCCCUGACCAUUCACCCUACCUUCUUGGAUGCUUUGCUGCACCUUACGUGGCCCAUUCUUGGAAAGGGUCGUAUGGAGCUUCACACGCUUUACAUGCCAACUAUGAUCAAGAAUCUUGUUAUCAAUGGAAACCUCUCAUCCACCCCCGGUGACCACUACCGUGCCUGGUGUAUCGGAGGUUCCGACUUGGUCAAGCCUGAACCCACCAAGUUCGACCUGUGGGUGACAUCUACGAACUCUAGUGAGGUCUUGAUCAACUUGGAGGGCCUGACCAUGACCCCCAUUAACGACGCUGGAAGUGGUGACAAUGGUAUCAGCGACCUUUGCUACAAGCUCGAAUGGAAGUCCUUGGCUGAGAUCGAGAGUGCCGCUGCCGAGGAGGCUGAGGUCAAGGAAACCAAUGGCAAUGCCAAUGGACACUCCAAUGGACAUACCAACGGCCACACUAACGGCCACACUAAUGGUCACACCAACGGCGUCAAUGGGCACCACGAGGAGUCCAAGGACGAGCUCCUGAUUGCCCAAUUCGGCAAGUCUGAAGUUGCUGCCGAGCGCUUGAAUGAGGCUAUCUCCAGAGAAGCCAUUCGCUGGUCGACUUCCAUCUCGUCGCUGAGUGAGAUUGACGCCAGCCAGAAGCGCGAACAUGUUAUCAUCCUGCACACUGCGGCCAAGACCCUGCGUGACCUCACAGAGUCAGACUUUGCCAACAUUCAGAAGACUCUUCUCAACUCCACCAACGUCAUUUGGAUCUACCGCAACGACACUCCUGAUUCUCAGAUGAUCGUUGGGCUCACUCGCAGCUUGCGCUCCGAGACCAUGGCCAAGGUUGCCACUAUUGGCCUCAGUGCCGAGGACUUGAAGAAGCCCGCUGGCCCUGUCCUGGCUGCCAUGAAGGCCUUGUGGCCCGCUGACAAAUCCAUCCAGCCCUGCAAGGACUUCGAGUUCAAGACCGAGAAUGGCGAACUCUUCGUUCCCCGUGUCACGAAUGACACUGCUCUCAACUCUUUCGUGCACAAUGAGACCAGCUCCGAGCCCAUGCUAUCUUCCCAACCCUUCGCCCAGCCCGGUCGCCGUUUCCACCUUGAGAUUGGCAGCUACGGUGCCCUGGAUACUCUGUACUUUGCCGACGACCAAGUUGUGCCCCUGGCUGACGAUGAAAUCGAAAUCGAAGUUAAGGCCACCGGUCUGAACUUCAAGGAUAUCGUUGUCACCAUGGGACAACUUGCCCAACCUUACAUCGGUAUUGAGUGCAGUGGUGUUGUCUCUUCCAUUGGUAAGAAGGUCACCAACUUGAAGGUUGGCGAGCGAGUCAUGGCUUUGCCCCUGGGUGGUUACUCUACAUUCGCACGCUGCAAGGGAACCAGUGCCACUGUCAUUCCUGAGAACAUCUCACUCGAGGUCGCUGCCACUGUGCCCGUUGUUUUCUGUACCGCGUAUUAUGCCCUCUACGAGCUUGGUCGCCUAAAGAACAACACCGGAGAGAAGGUCUUGAUCCACGCCGCCGCCGGUGGUGUCGGUCAGGCCGCGAUCAUGCUGGCCCAGAUGGCCGAGGCUGAUAUCUAUGUGACUGUUGGAAGCGCCGAGAAGAAGGAGUUCCUCAUCACGCAGUACGGUCUCCGCGAGGACCACAUCUUCUACAGUCGUGAUGCUUCCUUCGGUCGCAGCAUUCGCGAGGUUACCGGAGGUGUUGAUAUCGUUCUAAACUCCCUCGCAGGUGACUUGCUUCGUGAGACCUGGGAGUGCCUUGCGCCCUUUGGAAGGUUCAUUGAAAUUGGCAAGGCGGAUAUCACCAAGAACACCCGUUUGGACAUGCAGCCUUUCGAGUACAAUGUCUCCUUCCACUCUGUCGAUCUCACGAAGAUCGCCGCCUACAAGCCUCGGUUAAUGAAGCAGUUAUUGGACAACGUUUCUUCCUUGAUGGCCCAUGGCUUCAUCCACUCCAUCUUCCCUCUCUCGUCUUAUCCUAUCUCCGAGAUUGAGAACGCUUUCCGUGCCUUGCAGACCGGAAAGUCGAUGGGUAAGAUCGUGGUCAUCCCUCAAGAAGGCGAUCAGGUCAAAGCAGUCGUCGCCAAGACCGGCUCUAACAUACUCAAGGCUGACGCCACCUACAUUCUCAUUGGAGGUACUGGUGGUCUGGGCCGAAGCAUGGCCAAGUGGAUGUCGCAGAAGGGUGCCCGCAACAUCGUUCUCGUAUCACGAAGUGCUGCAAUCAAUGCGCAAGUGCAAGCCCUGAUAGAUGAAUUGGCCCCUAGCGGCACCAACAUCACCGUCAAGGCCUGCGACGUCAGCACCCGUAAGUCAGUCGACGCUAUGCUGAGGGACAUGUCGGAUCUGCCACCAAUUCGCGGUGUCGUCCACGGUGCAAUGGUUCUUCGGGAUAUGCUCUUCGAGAACAUGGACCUCGAAGACUUCGAGGCUGUCACUGCCAGCAAGGUCGACGGUGCCUGGAACCUCCAUGACGCCCUGACCAAGUCUCCUCUCGACUUCUUCGUGGCGCUCUCCUCCGUUUCCGGUGUCGUCGGUAACCGAGGACAAGCCGCCUACGCAGCCGCCAACGUCUUCCUCGACGGUUUCAUGGAGUGGCGCCGUAGCCAGGGUCUCCCUGGAAUUACCAUCGACCUUACUGCCGUGCGCGACGUCGGUUAUCUCGCCGAGGUCGACACUAAGCGCCAGCAAGAGGUUCUCAAGAACAUCGGUACAGACGGUAUGACCGAGGCAGAAGUGCUGGCGCUUCUUGCCGCAGCCGUGACGGGCGAUCUGACCGAAUCGUGCGGCGGACAAGCCAUUACCGGCUUAGAGUCCAACACCCACGAUCACUUCUGGGAGCAAGACGCCAAGUUCAGUCUUCUGGCCACAGCCAACAAGACUCAGGCAGGUGGAGACUCGAACGAGAUCGCUCUACCGCUCCACGUGCAGUUUGCCAACCUUGAAUCCAAAGAGGACAAGCUGCAGGUUUGUUACAAGGCUUUGGCAGCCAAGCUCGCCCAAGUACUUGUGCUUUCUCUCGAAGAUAUCGAGCCCACUAUCUCGGUUUCCUCGCUCGGGUUGGACUCUUUGGUUGCCAUUGAGAUCCGUAACUGGAUUGCCCGUGAGGCCAAUGCCAAUGUGCAGGUUUUGGAGCUCUUGUCGACUGGUUCGCUGAUGGCACUUGCUGAUGUCAUCGUGACCAAGUCGCAGAAAUAA